ACCAACCCCCUCAUCUCCGUAGUCUCUCCCAAUCUCUCUCUUUGUCUCAUACACACCAUUGAUUUUGGUUUUUCACAAAGGAAUGGGUUUUCCGGUGGGCUACUCGGAGCUCUUCCUCCCUAAGCUCCUCCUACACAUCGUCUUCUUCCUCGGUUCUCUUCGCAAGCUCGUCUUCUGGGCCUUCAACUCCAUCGGUCUUGCUGACCUUCUCGAUACCGACACUUCUUGGCCAGCCUCCGACCAAUCCCUCACCCACACCCCAACCUCCCUUAACCCCUCACCCUCAUCCUCAUCCUGAGUUCUACUCCGUCUCCGCCAUGCUAAUCCAAGAGCUACUCCCCGUCAUUCGAUUCGAUGAGCUCCGCUCUUCAUCCACUUACGCCGGCGCUGAUAGCUGCGCCGUCUGCUUGUAUGAGUUCGACGGCGAGGCGGAGAUCCGUCGUCUCACUAACUGCCGUCAUAUCUUCCACCGCUCUUGCCUUGACCGCUGGAUGCAGCACGAUCAGCGCACUUGCCCUCUUUGCCGCACACCUCUCAUCCCUGAUGAGCUUCAGGACUCUUUCAACGAGCGUUUCUGGGCCGCCGCCGCCAUCAUCCCUGACUCCUCUUUCUUCUCCUCUGAGUACCACUCUCUUUCUCCCACCUAGCAUCCUUCUUCUUCUUCUUCUUCUCCAGCGUUUUAUUUUAUAUUUUUCUUUUUCUUUUUCUUUCUUGAUAUGAUUAGUUUAAAAAGAGUUUGAAAGUGAGAGAGAAUGAUCUUCUUCCCCAGAGUUUCACACUGUUCAUAGAGAAGAACCAUUGAAGGAAAAAAACAAAGAAAGCUUAACCCUUUUCCCCUUAAUUUCUUUUGUACAUAGUUUUGUUUGUCUAAUUUAGGGGAUUUGGUUUGCUUCUGUUUUCUCUUCUUUGCUUUGAUUUGCUUCUACUACUUGAUAUUUAUACUGCUUCUCUUCCUGCUUGUAAAUUCCAAACUUUCAUCAAUAUAUAUAUAUAUAUAAAUCUCAA